CAAAAAACGAGCAACAACACAAACGCAUCCUCGCCAAAGGCACGAGUAGGUAAAGAUGGCGGAGGGAAGAAGGACAAAAAGAAGAAUCAGCAGGCAAAAGACAAAAAGACGGUUUCACUGCAGGACUUCCAGGCUGACGGCAGUGCAGAACAUUUGAAUAAGAAGCAGGAGAAAGAGGAUGCCAGUGUGGCUAACGUAGUGUUAGGGAACGGGCAGGAGGAGCGCUUCUUCAACAAGGUGGAGGACGACGUCACUCGAAUUGUCCAACAGGAGAAGAGACGCGAGCUGUUCACCAGCCAGGGACAAGAAGUCAUCACCUCCACAGAUCAUGAACCAGAUCCCCGAGCAGAACAGCUGAAGUACGAUCUGGAGAAGAAAGACGAGGAAAUCGAGAAGCUAAAGAAGAACAUUACACAGUGGGAGGGGAAAUAUAAAGAGGUGAAAGCAAGAAAUUCCCAGCUGCUUAAGAUGCUCCAACAGGGAGAAAUGAAAGAUAAAGCAGAACUCCUUCUACAGGUAGAAGAGUUACUACACAUAAAAGAAGAACUCUCAUCACAGGUAUCAUCACUACACGCUGCCCUUGAACAAGAAAGGUCUAAAGUCAAAGGUCUGCAGUCAGAUCAACCAAAACAUCAGGGAAACAAAAGAGGAAGGAAAGGCUCGGAGAUGGAUGUAUGAAAGGUCCCAAAUGGGAAAGACCAUAACAUCAAAAUGACACAAAACGAUGAACAAAUGAAGAAAAAGCACGACUGAUCACUAUCACGUUUUUAUUUCCUUUGUUUUUUAUGUUUUUUUGCUUGGACUGAAUGUCAGCAUAUAAUGCAUGCCCCCCUAUUACAUACACAUACAAAAUUACACUCCAGAGGAAGCAGGGUGUUUUAAUUAUCUGAUCAAGAAUUAACAGAAGCUCCUGAAAAUGGUUUACUUCAAACUUUGUGUUGAGAUGGUUGCUUGGCACCCAGUGCUGCCCUCUGCAGGCACAAGCAUAAUAGUGUUGUUCAAGGCUGUGCGCCUGUUCUGAUUUUGUUGGGGUUUUAAUACCAAAAUGACGUGAAUUGUAUGUUUCUUUUUUUCUUUCUCACUGUAACGUAAAUAAAAUACUUUUCAGUGACAAAAUGUGUCUUUGUUGUAUAUU